UUCACAAGUAGAUGUACGCUUUGAAUUGUACGAGACAUAAUCUUUAUACAGAAUGAAUGCAUUCUUCACAUAAAAAGUAAAACGCUUUGACACACACCUUCUCCAAACUACACAAAUCAAGAAGUCGACAGUAAUUGGACAAAACUUACAGUAAUACUUUGAAAUCGUUGUCGAAUGUUGAAAUAAGGUCCGGCUGAUAUUGAUGAAAAAAAAUCCCAGUAGUUGAGCGCAGACGACACAUACAGAUUCAUGGACUAGCAAUGCAUCUCAACAUUCACAUCAUCUAUCUGAGCCAUGUUUUAUGCAGUGUUGCAUCACACAAAGUUCAACGAUUUGAUGGCUGGUACAAUAACCUUGCAUAUCCUGCUUGGGGUAGUGCAGGCGAAUCUCUCAUUCAUAAUAUCAGUACUGCUUACACCGAUUUAACCUACUUACCACGAUUGGAUGACCUGCCAAGCGCCAGAGAGGUCAGCAGCCUCCUUUUUAGACAGGACGUAGCUAAUACCACUGGUCACUCGAAGCGAAAUGCUCUCUUUGCCUUUUUUGGUCAAGUUGUGGCAUACGAAAUUGUUGACAGCGAUGAAGUUUCGUGUCCAGCUGAGCUUCUCACUAUCACUGUUCCGAAGUGUGACGCGGCCUUCGAUAGGACAUGCACAGGACACAGUGUUAUGCCAUACGAAAGAAUAAAAUAUGACACAGCCACGGGCCAAUCUCCGAAUAACCCUAGAAGACAAAUUAACUCAGCCAGUAGUUACAUUGAUGCUAGCUUUGUAUAUGGAACAAGCGGUGUGCGAGCUAGUUUCUUACGCCAGCCCGGAACCGGAAAACUGGCAUCCUUGGACUUGUGGGAGAAGUUUCCGGAACUUAAUUCAGUCAGACUCCCAUAUCUUACGUUUCCCAACACAGAUGACAAAAUCGCAAACCCAGAGAAAUUAUGGAGAUUUGGUGAUGAUCAUAUUUAUGAGAAUCCAGCUCUUCUCUCCUUUGGGGUCCUAUUUUUCCGCUAUCACAACAGAUUAGUGCAGAAUAUGACGAACCAACCGACAGAAACGUCUGCUGUAGAUACAUUUUACAAGGCCCGUCAAUGGCUGAUUGCAUCGUUGCAGAACAUUAUAAUGUACGAGUGGCUUCCCAAACUCCUAAAUGCUGACACACCUCCUUACGAAGGAUACAAAGGCAACCUAGAGCCGGGUAUAACCGCAGUAUUUGACGCAGCCGCCAUUCGCUACAUUCUGACUCUCAUACCUAUGGGAAUCCGACUUUUAGAUGACAGAUGUAGCACCAAGAACAAAAUCAGACUGUGUACCUCGUACUUUGAUUCUCAGCAUAUUUUGAGCUAUCAUGAACACGCCUUUGAGGAUGUGAUGCGUGGCAUGCUUUUUCAAGAAGCCGAGAAAGAAGACAUACAAAUCGUUCCUGAUAUAAUUGACAAAUUCUUUGGACCUCUACAUUACUCCCGCCAAGAUCAUGUCGCGUACACAAUCAUGAAAGGUAGGGACUAUGGUCUUCCGGACUAUAACACUGUGAGAGAAAAGAUAGGUCUUCUUCCGGUCAGGACCUUUGAGGAAAUCAACCCAAAGCUGGCUGCAGAGAAUCCCAUGUUGUUCAACAAAACCCGCCAGCUUUAUGGAGAUGUAAAAGACCUUGAUGUAUUUGUGGGUGGAAUGCUAGAGACUAAUGACGGACCCGGGGAACUGUUUAAAACCAUUAUUCAGAAUCAGUUCUAUAACAUCCGCCAUGGAGAUUGGUUUUGGUUCGAGAAUACUAAAUCGAAUAUAUUCACCGAAGAAGAAAUAGAAAAAAUAAAAAAUAUCAAACUCUCCGAUGUCUUACUUUCCACAAAUACCUUAGAGGAAGAGCAUGUACCGAAGGAUGCAUUUUCUUUCCAAAACUUGUCCGGAUGCAGCCCCAUGUAUCUUGGCGAGGAAAUUCUGGAAGCCUGUCCAGAUCACCAUGGAUACGACUAUUUCAAGGGAAGCGAGCUUUCAUUUAUCAUUUUGUGGACAUGCUUUGGAAUAAUACCAUUUGUUUGCAUUCUAUCGGCGUUCGCUGCGGCGAAGUGCAGAAAAUGGAAGCAUGCAAAUGAAGUCAGAAAAGUGCAAACAAAGACAAUAACAGCAGACUAUAGAAGUAGUUUUACGGGUGGGGAAGUUAGUCAAUACAUCGCGUACGAAUGGUUGGAUGAGAAAGAGGAUGAACGAGCAAUUGUACUAAAAAUCAAGCCUCGGUGUGAAAUCGAGGUCAACAGCUGUACUGGAAGACGACUGCGCUCAAUAAAAUUACUUAACCAAGAAUCCGUAAAUAUUAUGACGUCCAGCAAUAAAGGAAGAACCUACACAUCUAUAAAAGUCCCUAAAGAAUACGAUCUGGUACUAAAGUUUACUGAUAGUGACAGCCGCCAGCUAUUUGAAAGUGAUGUAAUACGAUCACUUGAAUCUAACCAAAUACAGUGUAAUGUAAUUGAAGAGAGGGCGCAGGAUAUUCUUAAAAAUGCCUUUACUCAGAAGAAAAGAAACCAAAGACUUGAAAAAUUCUUUAAAUCUGUAUUUUCGGAGGCAUUUCAAAUGGAUUAUGAUUUAAACUUGGAAGAUGAUCAAUUAGAGAAGCAACAAACAAAGGAAAUAUUGGAAACCGAAUUAACCAAGGAGGAAUUUGCUCAAGCAUUAGCUGUGAAACCAAAUUCUGAAUUCUUAGAAAACAUGUUUACCAUGCUUGAUACCAACAGAAACGGAUACAUUUCCUUCAGAGACUUUCUGCACAUGGUUGUCAUAUUCUCUAAAGGAUCAUGUCAGGAAAAAUUACAAACAAUAUUUGGAAUGUUUGACAUUGAGGGAAGAGGAGUUCUUCAAAAAGCAGAUCUUUCAAGAAUGUUCAGUUCGCUACUAGAUAUGGCAAAUAGCAAGCUGGACAAAGCAGCCAUCAACACCCUGAUUGAGUCCAUCUGCGAGGAACACGGACUAGAGGAGCAAACAGAAAUUAACUUCGAGGACUUUUGUCAAAUCCUGUCUCCUCAGAUGGACAAACUGUACAACGCUGGUUUAGACUGGAAGGGAAGACGAAAAUGCUUACCAAACAACAAUGAAAAGAAAAGAGGAUCAGAAAAUGGUCGUCGACGGUCUUCUGCCUCGCAUGAGAUGAUCAAAAAGAAGAGCAGCUUGAAUUCACUGCCGCAAACUACGGAGGAAGACGGGAUGCGCACGCCCACUGACUCUCGCAGAAGCUCGGAUGUUCGCACACGGUUCAUCGCCAUUAGAGAGCAGUACCAUCCAGCCAAAGCCAAAUUAAAGACAUUUACUCACUUCAUUGAAAACAACCGACAGCAUAUCUUCUUUCUUGUCAUCUUUUUUGGAGCAACAUUUGCACUUUUUGCUGAGAGAUUCUAUCACUACACGGUAGAACGAGAACAUAGUGGAUUGCGCAUGAUCAUGAGCUACGGAAUUUCUUUUACAAGAGGCGCAGCCGCAGCGAUGUCUUUCAACUUUUCCAUUUUGUUGCUGACUAUGUGCCGUAACCUUAUCACGUGGCUCCGAGGGACAUUCCUAAAUCUCUAUGUUCCAUUCGAUUCCCACGUCGCCUUCCAUAAAGUGGCUGCCUGGACAGCAUUAUUUUUUACAUGUCUACACGUCAUUGGGUAUGGUUUCAACUUCUAUCAUCUGGCGACACAACCAACAUCACACUUGUGCAUCUUUGAUUCCAUAGUACUUCGAUCAGAGUUCCAACCCACCUUUAACUUUUGGUUUUUUGGCAAUAUGACAGGUUUCACAGGCGUGCUUCUUGUGAUUUGUAUCUGCAUUAUCUAUGUGUACGCCACCCAAACAGCACGGCGUCUGAUAUUCAACGGUUUUUGGCUGACCCAUAAGCUCAUCACAGUGAUGUAUAUCCUAACCAUUCUACACGGUGCUUCAACCAUUGUCCAGAAACCCAUGUUCUUUGCGUAUUUCAUAGGACCGGCCAUUCUCUUUACAGUAGACAAAAUGAUUAGUAUGAGUCGAAAGAAAACGGAAUUGAAUGUAAUCAGUGCAGAAAAGCUACCUUCAGAUAUAACUCAUAUUGAGUUCAAGAGACCAUCCAACUUUGACUACCAGUCAGGACAGUGGGUUCGCAUUGCCUGUCUGACACAUGGAGCCAAUGAAUACCAUCCUUUCACCCUGACGUCUGCUCCUCACGAGGACACUUUAUCACUCCACAUACGGGCUCUUGGACCAUGGACCUGGAAUAUCAGGCAGGAGUUUGACCCCGAAAAUCACAGGGACGGGUCUUACCCUCCAAUAUACUUAGACGGACCUUACGGAGCAGGACAACAGGACUGGUACCAGUAUGAUGUAUCCGUUCUCGUAGGAGCUGGAAUCGGAGUCACGCCAUAUGCUUCCAUACUGAAAGACUUCGUUCAUAUGGCUUCUAUUAAGAGCAUGUACAAAAUGAAAUGCCAGAAGUUGUACUUCAUCUGGGUGACAGGAAGCCAGCGUCAUUUUGAAUGGUUGUUGGACAUUAUAAGAGAAGUGGAAGAAGUUGACGAGAAAGGACUGGUGUCUGUUGACAUAUUCAUUACCCAAUUCUUUCAACAAUUUGAUAUGAGAACAGCCAUGCUGUAUAUUUGUGAGGAGCACUUUCAGAAGUUAUCAGGAGGGCGCAGUGUUUUUACUGGUCUUAAAGCCAACACACAUUUCGGACGUCCUCAGUUGAAUAGCAUGUUUAGCGCUGUACAUAGAGCUCACCCUAUGGUGAAGAAGAUUGGCGUGUUUAGCUGCGGACCUCCAGGAAUCACUAACAGUGUGGAGCGAGGUUGUGUGGAAGCCAGUAACACUACCAGAGCACUGUUUGAACACCACUUUGAAAAUUUCUAAUGUUAUUAUUGUCGCCAGUUUUCAUGUUCUAGAUCAUGCCGAUUUUUUUUAUAUUCAUUUCGGUGCAGUAGGUUUACUGAAUUUUAGAUUGCUUAGCAUUCUUGUACAUUAAUUCUCGAAUUGACAAAUUACCAUUUGUAAAUAUUUUUGUCUAUUCCCAUUCAAAGUGAAAUUGUAUAAAGUCGAAUCUACAAAGUCAUCACCUUUUCUAUGAAUGGACUGUCCAUCAACGUAAUUAUAAGUAAUGGUAGUGCCAUAUUUUCCAGACAAUGUGCCAAAUCAAGAUUCCUCUACGGGCAUUAAUUAAUUUUGUCUCGCCUGUCCUUCAAGUAUUUAUGUUUGAACAUAUCCAGUAGGAUUGACUGUCUUUGAUUAUAUAUUUUUUUUCACUUACAGCUGUUGUUUAGUAACGGUUAAUUGCAAUAUGUAUAUAUGCUUUCAGAAAUUUUAUAUGUAUAGUGUGUAUCUUGUACGUUACUCUCAAAUGACUGUAUCCCAUUUCUCAAUGACCGUGUAGCGCGUGACAGCGUCGCGACAAUGCCAUCGUCAUCGAAAGCAUUUUAUUUUUGUCACGAUGGUCGUGCAGUCUAACACGUUGGUGACGCCUUGCAUGGAGGUUUGAUUAGUUCAGCCUGGGGCCUGGAGGGAAAUGAUAUGCAUAUCUUCUAGUUAUAAUAUCAUCGCCGAUUAUGGAUUUUUCUAUAUUUAUUUCUGGACAUAAUAUACAAACUGUAUCAUGUAUAAUAAUACAUUGUAGUGUGAUGUAUCGACAAUAAAUAUGAAAAAUGUUGA